AUGGCAGAACCUCAGCUUCGAUUCGGAGAUCAAAGCUCUGCUAAUGUUAAAUUGUAUUUAGCACCCUCAGAUGAGGAAGAGUACAGAAAAGAUCCAGUUUAUCUCCAUUCUCAGAUUCUGAAAAGAUCCACGUUUUUUGAUCCAGAGUUAUCCGAGUGCUCUCCACUGGAUAAAACAACCGAAUUAUGGGUAACUACUCCUCACAACUUUGAUCACUAUUUAAAAUGCAUUCACCUAAUGUAUGGUGAAACUGUGAAUUUCUCCAAUAUUGAGGAAUGCCUGGCCAUUCUGUCAGUUGCUUCUGAAAUGUUGGUUGAUGAUGGAAUCAACGAAUGCAUGGAAUAUUUGGAAGCAGUUCGUUGGAGUCCUGAGGAAGAGACCCAAAUUCGAAAAAUUCUCUCUCCUCUGGAAUUGAAACUUUUGCCAGAUUUGGCUGCCAGGAUUCAUCAGGAGGAUGACAACCAUAAAAAUUUUGUGGAUCAGAGCAUCCAAGAAAUAGUGUCUUUUAUUAAAGGCGGUGACUACAAUUUAUCCACUCAAAAAACUGUGGAGAUAUAUUUGGUGGGGAUGUUAGAUGGAAAUACAUCUAGAGAUGUUAUGGAUGUAUGUGGGCGUGUGAUUUUGCAAGAGUUCAAAGCAGCCAUGGAUUCUCGUGAUCUCUCAUCUCUAUUGACAUUGUUUCAACUUAUUCAGCACUGUGAGGGAGAAAUAAUCAAAGCUGCAAUGAAAGCAUUUUGUGAAGAUGCACAGUUUACAGAGUUCGUGAAGCAGCAGAAAAACUUAUACUAUUCCAAUUUGUUGGGCAUUAUCAAUCCAAAUGUGUUAGAGAUUUUGAUGGGUUUUAUGAAGGCAACAGGAGAUGGGAACAUAAUAAUUUCAAGAGCUUGUCGAGUUUCUUUUCUCAUGACUUGGGUUCCAAUCAUGGGACGACUGUGUUGUGAUGGCAGCCGAGGGCAAAUUGCAGAGGUUGAUAAAGCAGUGCUUAAUGUGGUUGAGAGCCUCCCUCCACUGGACAAGAAACGUAUUUGUGUGGUAUGGGCAGAGGUUUAUAGAUUGAAUAAGAUCAACUUUGCUACACCAUUUUUACUUUGUCUCGAGAUGUGCAAUAUGCCCAUUUCCAAAUCUGUAGCCAAGUAG